UUCUUUUGGUCAGCUGACUUAGCCGGGAGAAUCAACAGAAAUGGCUGUAAGCUGGACCGAGCACACGCAGAGGUACGCGAGACCGAAAAAAAGAGGAGAGGAGAGCUGCAAAUAAUCUGCUGCAAUAAAAAAGAAAAGAAAACUUUGCAAGAAAGGAAGUAGAUGCAAGACAGGCAAGUGCAUGAAAGAAAGCAGAAGAGAGUAGAGAAAGAAAGGCAGCGAGGACUGUGAAACAGAGCGAUCAUACAAGCAAAUAAAAACUAAAAGGAGAGGAAGAAGCAGACAGGAAGCAGGUGAUAUGGUGGAGGACGUGAGCUGCCCGUCUCACUCCCCCUGACCAUGGACAGUCAUAAUCGACAGCAGCCGAGCGACAGCAGCGAUGAGGAAGAUAAUCGUUUUUCCCAGUACAUGGAUGAAAAUGGAGUCAUUGGAAUGGACGAAGAAGAGCUGCUGGAGGUGGACAGUCAAGGCGAUCUAGAAGGAGAUGAGGAGCAGGUGCUGGCUUUUGAUGAAGAGGGCAUGAUGGAGAUUUAUAAAGAUGCAGGAACCCCAUCAGAAGAUGAAAGAUUUGGGGUCCCUAGCUGGCAAGAAGAUUUCAGUUUGUCUGGGGGGGCAGAGGAAAGAGCCGAAACGUUGAGGAAUGGCGAUGGUAUCGUCAGUCACGAUACAGAGGUGUACAGCUCAGUGGACAACCCGAGUAGAUCAGUUACAUUGCCAUCUGCAUUAGAUCGUCAUCCCCCAAGCAGAGACCAACAAUUGGAUAUGACUGAAGAUGAGGUGGAUCGAGGGAGUUCGCUGGGAGCGUGGGAUGAAGAUGAUAAUUGGAAUCAAACACAGUCAGAACUUCUGGAUGAAAGUCCCGGACAUAGAAGGUAUGAAGAAUAUGACCAAACAUCAUUGAGAGAAGAGCACUUGGACGAAAACCCUAAAGAUGAGGUGGAUUAUUCUGAAAGCCUAGACGAUCAGGAAGAUCAUGGUAUCGCCGAAUCCCCAUCUCCAUCAUCCCCUCCCGUUCCCAGCACUUGGGACACUAGACUCAUGAGUCGUUUCGGUAGGUUAAGCAUUACCCCUAGGAUAGAAGAUGAAACUUUGCCAGAGUCUUCAUGUACAGAAAGUGGGGGAAUCCCAGAAGCCAUCCCGGGUCAAAUCCCUACAAAUGUCUCCAAACUUACUAGGGACUCUAAACAGGCCAGGAACGUAAGAUCUAAGCCCAUGUCAGCACCUACCAGGACACAACAUGUGGACCCCUCCACUGUGAAGAGAGGCAAACAUUCAACCACACCUCUGUAUGGAAGAGGACAAUUGAACUACCCCUUGCCUGAUUUUUCCAAAGUUGGGCCCAAAGUCCGAUUUCCCCGUGAUGAAGAGGGAUAUCGUCCUCCUCAGCCUCGCAGACAAGAAAAGCAAAACCUAAGAGCUCCUGUGAUCUUCAAGUCUCCAGCAGAGAUAGUGAGGGAGGUUCUGCUUAGCAGUACAGAAAGGCCUGCUCAAGAACCUGUGGUACCGCCUGCUGUACCACAAGAAUUCAAGACUCCGCAACAAGCCACUGUGCUGGUCCAUCAGCUGCAGGAGGAUUACCACAAGCUGCUCACUAAGUACGCCGAAGCUGAAAAUACCAUUGACCGCCUGAGACUGGGAGCUAAAGUACAUCUCUACUCGGACCCACCGCAACCAAGUCACAGUAUUGAGAUGGGAACAGUCACCCAGGGCACAAAAGUUAUGGAGUUUUCCAUACCACACGCUCAAGCUGCAACUUUCAGCUCAGUAAAUGAUCAUCAUGGGGCAACUGAAGUGGACUUAGGUUCCUCUGAGCAUCGGAAACCCUCUGUGACACCCCCAGUCUAUACCUUACCAGAACCCUCAGGUUCCUCCUCUCUUCAUCCACCUGAAGACGUUGCCUCCACUCUGAUGUCACACUUAGAGACCCUUCACCAAGAGGUCGAACUUUUUGAAGAAUUGCUGCGCAGCGAGAACCUGACUCCUGAAGAACAGCGGCAGGCAGUGCAGGAAUUGUGUGGUUCCCUGGAUGUGCUGGAAAGAAGAUAUUUAAAGGCUCAAGAACAGCAACGUACUGGUUCUGGGAACCUGACUGGCGAGCUAGAUCCACAAAGGGAACUCGAAGAAGCCAUAUUCCAACUGGGCGUCCAACUGGAAGAGAUACAGGAACGAGUAGAAAACUCUUCACAAUCAGAAAAUAACUUGGAAGACAACCUUACAGCUCAUCAUUUAGGAGGUGCUCCAGUUCCAUCAGCCUCAGUGCCUAUGCCAGCCCUUCAAACCCCAUACCCUCAGAUCUCAUCUCCAGAGCCCCCUGGAAUGUCUAAAGCAGAUGCUGAGACAUUAAGUAAGGAAGAUCCAGCAGAAUAUCUACCUCAGCCUCUACUCUUCAAGCACAAGCAGGUGGAGCGAGACUACGGCACCUUGCUAUCUACAUACAGUAGCUUCAAGUCUCUUCCUGAAGCUCUUGGAUUAGAGCAAGAAGAGUGGCCCCAGCAGCUUCCUCAGAAUGCUAAACCACAUAACCACCCCCAGGAUGUCAAUACUCAGGGACGCUCAGAUCCAGUUAGAUCACAGGAUGUCGCACAAAAAGGAAGACCUGCAAUUCACUCAACAUCGGUCAGACCACAGGAAGCCAGGCAAGAUACAAGACCGUUAGAUCCUAUCACAUCUGUUAAGUCACGGGAUCAUGAGGACCAUUUGCAGACUGUCAGUCUGCCUGACCAACCCCUUCACAGGCUGGAACAGCACCCAGGUGGUCACCAAAACCAUCCAUUAACGUCUACACCUCAGGCGCAUCAACCAACAGAGCGCUCCUUCAGCAACCUGAAUGACGUAGCCCGCCGGACCAGUGCCGGACACACACCAUCACGUACAGAGUUACGCAGAGCGUCUUCUGUAUUAAGUGGACAAAGAGUCUGUCCCGAUGAAGAAAAACCAUCAGCCUUGAGAAGGAUGUCGCAUGGCUCCAAAACUUUCCCACAGCGUGUUUCUCUGAGUUCUUCAUUACCCCACGCAAGAGAGCAGCAGCACUCCAGGAUCCCCACAGCCGUGCCUUCUGUCACCGAGGAGAGCGCACGCAGCCGACAGUCACCUAAAAGUAGCAGCAGCAGCAAAAGUGUUAGCCCUUCGGCCCAGAAGAGACCGCUGAGGGCUAACGGAAAUAUUGCACAGAGAAUUUUGUCCCCAGAAACUGACAGCGGGUUUCUAGGAUCAGAAAGUGGUCGGUCCCAACUCAUCCGAAAGCAGAGAGAUCAGCUCAGCCUCACGCGAGAAGAUCCAGAAGAAGUGCCAGACUCCAACUCCAAUUUGCCAAGUAAAGGCGAGAGACGGUCGUCUGGUGACUGCAGAACACGCAAGGCAUUAUGGGACAAGAGAAAACCAAAGAACCAUUGGACAGGUCCCUCAGAAGCUAGCUCGCCUUCUCCAGGCCCCAAGAGCCUCACUGAAAGUGAGAGUAGAGAACACACGGAUGAAUCGGGCUCUGAACAGGAAGCAUAUAAUGAUGUCAGUGCUGAACCUUCUCCUGGUGCCUCCCAGCUGCUCUCACCUAUGGAAGACCUGACCCAGCCUCUUGAAGAUGUUCUGCAGUCCCGUACAGCAAGAGACCAGGCGAUCCACAGUCUGCAGAAGGAAGUCAGUCAGCUGCGCAAGCAUCUUGAAAACAGCUUGCAUCGCUCACCAAUCCGAGGGAAACAGACAGCGGCAAAUCAGAACCUGCAUGAGGGGAGAGUUCCUAAUUUCGUCUCUGACCUGGGUAGCCCUAUCUCUAGACGUGGGCCUCCAGUGAAGGAAUCAAGGGAAGAACACCUGUUGGGCAGUUUUGUGCCACGUGACCACGACCCUUCUUCUUCAGACGCACAAGGUGGACGAAGCGUCCGGGGAGCUUAUACAGGGACUCAAUAUCAAGUCUCAAGAUCCCCUCCUCCUCAUCACACUGAGCGUUUUACUGUGCCGCCAUGUCAGAGAUGUCAAGAAAAUGAAAGGAAGAAUACGGAAUCCUCGAAACCAUCAAAGAAGGAGAAAACCCCUCCACUAACACCACCAGACUGUCCGCUCUGCCAUGGGAAUGAUGACUCUGAUGACGCACCGAGAACUGGAAUGUUUACUUGUGAUUAUAACCGGCGUUCUCGGAGACGUCCACACUGCAAGCAUUGGAUCGUGAGCCACACACCACCAGUGAGCUAUGUACAGACCCCUGUUGUGCAUUACAGCCCUCCAAUAGUAUAUGGUACGCCGGCCAGUUUGUACCCCCCUAUGGUAUAUAACCCGCCUGAGCUACGUCGUCCACAUUCUGUCACUCCUCCGCCGAGCUCAGAUAUCUUACAGCUCGUUGAUUUAAUGUGGCCUCUUAACAAGGCACUCGAAGCAGCCAAAGAACUGAAAAGCACCAGCAGGCGGAUGUGCCGAUCUCUUACCAUGGAUCUCAGCGCGCAGCGGGACAUUCGGGGCUCCUGCCUUUUCUAGAUUGGAGAAAUUACCGUUACCUAGUGCCUGGAACUGAAGUUAAAUCUGUGAAUCAGCUUUAUGGCUAUUUUUUUUUUUUACUUAACAAUGUAUGUACUUGCGUCUGAUGAUUAAGAAAAAUCUCUAAAAAUGCAGAUUACUCCUCAAAAAACCUAAUUCCAAAUGUAUCCAUGCCCUCCCAACCAGUCACAAGAACGGGGGUCCUCCUGUGUCCCCCUGGUGGUCAAGCAUGCGCACUGCCACUCUAUUCGUCCCAUAGAAAAUAAAUGAAUAAAGUGGGAGCGUGCACUCCUGACCGGCGCUGCAUUCAUACAGGACCUUAUUCUUGUGAUUGGUGGGGGUCCCAGUGCUCAGACCACCCCUGAUCAGACAAUUAUCCUCACGAUAAAGAAUAGUAUAAACCUUGGCACGAUCCCUUUAAACUGGAACAAAUGAAAGCCACUCUGUGAUUGGUUGCUACGGCCAGACAGCUUUGAUAAAUACUGGCCGGGUUUUCCGGGAGGUUAAUGUUGAUGGCUUUUUAUCCUCAACAUAGGUCAUCAAUAUCUGAUCAGUGGGGGUCUGACCCUCUGCACCCCGCCAACCAGCUGCUUGAAGACAACAGAGCGCCAUGGCCUCCUCACAGCUUACCAAGCACAGCGCCAUCCAUUGUAUAGUGGCUGUGCUUGGUAUUGCGGCCGAGGCCCAUUCAUUUGAAUGAAACUGAGCUGUACAUAGUCCAUGUGACCACUGAACGUGACAUCACUGGCCUAGGAAGAACCCGCGGGGUUCACCGGAGCUCCACAACCUCUUCAAACAGCUGAUCAGUGGGGGUGCCAGGAUUUGGACUCCCACCGAUCCUAUGGAUAGGCCAUCACUAUUAAACACUCGGAAUGCCCCUUUAAUACAUGUUACAUAGCGUGUUUCUGGGAGAGCUGGGAGACCACUUCUAUGGCAGCUAUUACAUCUUUCACCAAUGUUGUCACCAAUGUCUCCUGAAUGACAGACCCGUCUAUGUAGCAGUAUAACCGUCUUUUUUGCUGGUUUGAGGACUCAAAAAAUUUCAGGGAAUUAUGCUUUUAAAAAUAUCAUAAUGACUUUUUGGACAAGUACUAAGGAGUAAUCAGGUUCUUAUCAGAUAGUAAAGAGCCUUUUGCACAUGAAGGUCCAAGAUGUUGGCACCUACUAAGAACAAACCUGUAUGGUCUCGAUCUCCUCAUUCCUUACCUCUUGGAAUUGUCAUCAGGCCCCUGCUACAGUUUAUUCUUGUCCGUUUUGCGGACA